AUGAAGGCAACUGACACCGCUCUAGCUCGAUUCUAUGAUCUGCUGAAAAUCCAUAAAGCAAUUGUCCCACUUCGGCCAAUCGUUGCUCUAAAAGGCAGCCCCACCUACAAUUUGGCAAAGUGGAUGUAUUCAAAACUAAAGUUCCUCCAAGACAAUUCGACCACCUCAGUUCGAUCAACCUCUCAAUUCCUCAUAAACCUCCGGGGUCGGAGGAUUCAGUCGGACGAAAUCAUGGUCUCCUUCGAUGUGACGUCGUUAUUCACAUCUAUCCCACCAAAAUUGACCCGCGAAGUUCUGCGCAAGAUACUUGACGAGGAGUACGAUGAGACUCAGAAUGCAUUCAAAAUUGAACACCUGAUGAAGCUGUUCGAAUUCUGCCAAAAAACGUUUUUCGCUUUUGCGGGAGAGACCUAUGAACAAAUCAAGGGUACCCCAAUGGGCUCACCGGUUUCCGGUUUAGAUGCAGAACUGGUCCUACAGGAGUUAGAAAGGAUCUCCUUCACCCAAAAUAAACCGGUGUUUUGGCGCCGUUACGUAGAAGACACGUUCGUCAUCGUAAAGGAGGACAUGCUGCAACAUUUCCAUAGCCUGCUCAACGCAAUAUUCCCUGAUAUAAAAUUCACGAAGGAAGAAGAACAGGAACAGUAG